UUGAUGCGUGGGUCGCAACGGUGAAGGUGUUCGUUCCUUCCUUUCUUCGACGAUCGAAAAACCAGAUUUCCCGUGGAAAUUCUGGGUCGGUGCGGCGCGCGACAAUAUGCACGAAACUCGCUAAACCAGACCCCGUCGUCCGUUCGGUCUUCUAUAUUUAGAACGUUACGAAUGCAAUUCGCGUGUAUCGGCAUUACCUUCGAGGAUUUAACGAAAACAACAGAAAAAACAAAACUAUUCACUUGCUUACGACAUAAUCAUCUCUCACACCUGCGACGGUCAUCGAGAUCCAACGAAAAUGUCGAAAGUGGAGAGGAAAGAGUACAAGGAGACGAAGGUGAUGCGAACGAUGUCGCCGACGAGGUACGGCGGCUCCACGCACAACGUCACCGAGUUCGAUAACAGUUUAGAUAAUCUAUUGGAGGACCUUCAGAGCACCGUGCCAAGAUCCAAGGGCAUCUCCAACGGCUCCUCCACCAUGACAAGUUACAGGGAGACCUCGAGAUCCGCGAACUCUUCGGAUCACGCCAGAAGCAGCUCGAUGACACGAGUCAAACCCUCGAAUCCGAUCACCGAAUACUCAACGGACGAUUCGUAUCUCUACACGGCUCCCGAUGGUUCUCAGCAUGUGAAGACUGUUAAACACGAGUCGUAUUCGUACAAGAGCACCGGCGACGUUCAUCAGCCGGAGAAGAGUCGCAUGCAGAACAACAUCAACCAGUUGGACUCGCUGCUGGACGAUCUGCAGCAGGUUAAGCAAUCCGGAGGCUACAACAAUAAUAACAACAACAACAACAACAACCUCACCGCCGAAACGGAGUAUCAUAAGAGCAAGGUCGUGUCUGGAAAGAGGAUCGUCGAGAAGGAUGUUUACCAGCCGCGCACCGUUGAGCGAGAUGGGUCCGCGUCGAAAGAGAUUUACCAGCACUCCGAAGGAACUUACGGUGACAUCAAACGCACCGCCAGUCCAUCGCCCAUCAGAAGCAACACCUCGACUUUGUCCAAGCAGAUGAAGGUGAGCAACGUGCAAGCGUAUCCCGUGGACAUAAUCGAGACGACGACUCCAGACAUAAACCCGGAGAUCCUGGCCAGUUUGGAUCCGGAACUGCUUCCAACCGGUAACACGAAAGUGACCACGACGAUCAAGACGUACACUUACGAGAUUCCCGGAUCCGGAACGGCGGAUUCCGAUAAGUACGUGUACUCACCAAAUCAAUCUGUGACGACGCCGAGCAAAAGCUUCGUUUACAACAAGUACGAGAACAAUUCGUUGUCGAGGAAUUACCAGGCGGAGAAUCGUUACGUCCCGCCGCCUUCGCCGACCGGCGGAGACAGGCAAGUCAUCAAGGAGACGGUGACGACGAGGAAUUACCAGCCGAAGAACUAUCCAACCGAACCGAACAAGCACACGUACAUUUACAACGAGACAACGAACACGAGGAAUUUCUCGGAUCAACAUUACUCUCCUUCUUCUCAUCCUCAUCAGCAACCGCAGUACCAGCAUCCGCCGAGGAAUACUGAGACGUACAUCAUCAAGGAGACGAACACGACGAACAGGGGCGGAGAUUCCCCCGAUCAGGGUCAUCUUCCGCCGGUCACCACGACCAUCCAACGUUUCGAUUCUCUCACCAAUCUGAACGCUCGCCAAUAUCCCGACGUCGAGGUCUUCGACCCGAAGAAUCCACCGUUCCCGACAGGUCAUCAUCAUCAUCAACCCCAACAACAACCGCAUCCCCAAUCGCAGCAGAUGUACCCGCAGAAUCCGAGUCCGAAUCCCGAAGUCAACGUGACCUACAAAUACAAGUCUACCAGCAACACGACCAACACCUACAGAGGUCAAAGGCCGGACGAGCAGUACGAGAACGCUCCUCUCUUACCAAGGAAAUUCCCAACGGAUGAGAACGGACCUCCAAGGAAAUUGGACGAACUCAUGGCAAAUAUAGGACAAGAACCUCCGAAUAGUCCUUACAACGCUGGUUGGCAUGCGCACGAAGAGGAGUUGGCUCAGCAGAGGAAGAUCGACACUCUGAAGGCUCAGAGCGAGAAGAAGGAGGAGAAAAAGGACGUUCCGAGGACGAAGAACGUGACUGGUCCACCGGUCUACUAUCCACCGGGUCACGAGAUGUUCGCCAUGAAGGAAGAGGGAGGUGGUGCUUGGAGGGCCGAGGGCGCGAUGGCCAAGGAAAGAGGAAUGUAUAAAUACGAGGCGGAAAGCAAGAGCAAGUCUAAAAGUAGCUCGGGCGCCGCCGUCGUGCCAAUCUGCUUGCCACUGUGCUGCGGCCUUCCGUGUUCCAUCAUUUAAAUAAUUCGCAUUGGAAGAACGAAGAACGACUAGAAAGUCACGUCGAGCUUUAUUUAUUUUAAGGAUCACGAUGAACCUAAUCAAGAAAUAACACACGCCAGAGUUUAACCAAUUUUAAUCGACGGAGUUUGCCUCUCGGACGAGUCUUGUACAUUACUUUAAAUUUUAUUUAUUAAAACCUUUCUUUUUUUCUUCCUUCAUUAUUAUAAUUUUGUAUUCUUAAGUAUAUCUAACUUUGUAAAUUCACCGAGUUCUUUUUGUAUUAUUGAUCCACUAAACCAACGGGAAAGAAAGAAAGAAGGAAAGAAACUAAAUGGAAAUUAUGAUGUAAUCGAAGCGAAUAUUAUUGUGCCAUUACGAAUACGAUUCAAACUAAUUUUAAUACGUGGGUGGUUUUAAUGUGUACUAUUAAUAAUAUACAUUGUAUUUCGAUGAUUUACUGCGUACCCUGUACAUAUACAUUAUUGAUAAUAACAAUGCGAUUCAUCAUUUAGCAUACGUUUGAAAUAAAAAUUU